ACACUGGGAUUGCUGAUUACGCAGACGGUGCUCAUCGACGAGAAUAACACAGGGUUGUCGCCGGUGGGUUUCCUGAGAAGGCGGGUGUCGCUUUUCGGCGUCAAGCUCGCCCGUGUGGAAUUGUAUUCGAUUCUGAUCACCAUCCAAGUCCUGCUGAUCUUGCCUCUUCUCCUCGCUUAUAUAGUGAAAGUGGUCAGAUUCCACUCGAGGAUUCCUCCUCCGGACGUGUACCUUGAGGAGGAAUUGCUGACUUCGUACAUGCGACAUCAACCGAAUGCCGAAGUGGGUGUCAGUACGACCGGCGGUGGUGAAAACGGACCAAGUAUGACGGAAUUGAUAAGCGUGGAAUUCGAGGUUUACGGGAGAGUCCAGGGCGUGUUUUUCCGGAAGCAUACCCAAUCCAAAGGAAAGCAGUUGGGGUUGACCGGAUGGUGCCGGAAUACGAGAACCGGUACAGUGGAAGGAGUCAUGGAAGGACCGCGAGGGAAAGUCGAUCAAAUGAAGCGAUGGUUGCGGGAAGAGGGAAGUCCGAGCUCAAGAAUCGACGAUGCUGUCUUCAGAAACGAGGAAGCAAUUCCGUCUGCCAAGUAUCCGAAUCCCGAGAAGCGUCGCAUCACGACAAAAAUUGACAUAUUAUUUCCUCCUCACACUGCUGGUGAGAAGAAAGUCGUCGACACCGUUGUUUGUCGGUGCUUGGGGGAUCGUCCUGUGGGGACGUCGGCCUUAUUGUUCCUAGUGACAAUCGGAAGCGGAAAGAAGAAGCCCCAUAUUCCCCCUUACCCCGACACGUACCCACGCGGGUCGUCGCUGUUGGCGGCGAUAGACGCGACUGGAAAUGCCAUCAAGUGGCGGCGGCGGCGUCGGCAUGUC